CUGCAGCUUCUAGGACCCAGUUUCUUUUACUGAUUUCAAAACAAAAAACAAAACAAACAAAAAAAAUAAAAAAAAGUUGUGCCUGAAAUGAAUCUUGUUUUUUUUAUAACUAGCCGCCUGGUUCCUGUGUCCUGUGGAGUACAGGCACUUGACCCUUGGUGUAGACUUUCUGUCACGGGAACGCAUUGGUCUGAUUUUCGGCCCUCAUCUUGAAUUGGCCAUUUACAGGGUCCCGGGUCAGUGGACGAAGACUGUGUCUAAGGUGACAUGGGUCAGCUCAGGGGUGUGGGGAGGAGGGCACUUUUAUCUUCCUCGUUGUCGUUUGAGGUUUUGAUCUUCUCUGGGUAAAGAGGCCAUUUAUCUUUGUAAACACAAAACAUUUUUGCUUUCUCCAGUUUUCUGUUAAUGGCGAAAGAAUGGAAGCGAAUAAAGUUUUACUGAUUUUUGAGACACUAGCACCUAGCACUUUCGUUAUUGAAACGUCCUGGGUGGGAGGGGCCGGGCUGGGUGCGGCUUGCCGCGUGACUCCCGGGUCUGAGGCCCACGUGGCCGGGGCGGGGCCUCGGGCGCCCCGGGCGCCUCCUGAUUACGUAGCGGGCGGGGCCGGAAGUGCCGCUCCCAGGUGGGGGCUUUUAAUGGCGGUUCCGGGGUCUCCAACAUUUCUCCCGGUAGUUCAAAGUCUGUCGGAGGCGGAGGUACCCGAGCUUGCGGUUUUUGCUGGUGUGAAAUGACUGAGUACAAACUGGUGGUGGUUGGAGCAGGUGGCGUUGGGAAAAGCGCACUGACAAUCCAGCUAAUCCAGAACCACUUUGUGGACGAAUAUGAUCCCACCAUAGAGGAUUCUUACCGAAAACAGGUGGUCAUAGAUGGUGAGACUUGCCUGUUGGACAUACUGGAUACAGCUGGGCAGGAGGAGUACAGCGCCAUGAGAGACCAGUACAUGCGGACAGGCGAAGGCUUCCUCUGUGUCUUCGCCAUCAAUAAUAGCAAGUCAUUUGCAGAUAUUAAUCUCUACAGGGAACAAAUUAAGCGAGUAAAAGACUCGGAUGAUGUACCCAUGGUGCUAGUAGGAAAUAAGUGUGAUUUGCCAACAAGGACGGUUGACACAAAACAAGCCCACGAGCUGGCCAAGAGUUACGGGAUCCCGUUCAUUGAAACCUCAGCCAAGACCAGACAGGGUGUUGAAGAUGCCUUUUACACACUGGUAAGAGAAAUACGUCAGUAUCGAAUGAAGAAACUCAAUAGCAGUGAUGAUGGGACUCAAGGUUGCAUGGGGUUGCCGUGUGUGGUGAUGUAACAAGAUACUUAGAAGAUUCUAGCAUCAGAAAAGAGCCACUGUCAAGCUGCACUGACGCCCUGGUCCUGACUUCCCUGGAGGAGAAAUAUUCCUGUUGCUAUCUUCACUUUCACAACGAAGUUCCUGCUCUUCCCCUGGCUCUCAAAAGAUCAGUACCAUUUUCUGUAUUUGAGAAGAUCUCAGAAUAACUACCUCCUCGCUUGGUUGUCUGACCAGAGAAAUGAACCUCUUGUUGCUCCCCAGUGUUUCCCCCCCUAGGUUCUCUCCCAACACAAAAUACACCUGCCACGCCCAGUUUUUCAUAUGUAAAGCAGUUCAUUCUCUGAAACAGAACCAAACUAUAGACAAGAAAGUCGUGUAGAGAACAGUAUCUUGAGCUCUCUCAUUGCAACUGCUGGUGUUCGGGCUUUUUUUCUUUUCUACUGUUGACCUUGGCACUAUGUUGGUUUUUGGGAAAAUGUUAGAAAUUACUGUUUUGCUAAGAAGGCAGUACAGCUCAUGUUGCUGUUUGGUUUGUAAUGUCAGCUGUCUUCUACACUGGCCCCUGCUCUGUAUUCAUAAAUACAAGCGCUCAUGACUGACUUUGAAUCUAUCUUAGUCUUCCUGACUCUAUGUAGUCAAAUCCAACUAUCACAACAAAGUGCCUUUUUCCUAGGAGUGGUCUGUGGACUUCCUUUCUCAUGCUUCGGUGGCUAGGUAUCUCAGAAACCAUACAUGUGAACGUGAACGGCUGACAUAGCUGUCUGGCCUGGCUACUCUUGAAGAUGUGCCGAUCUGAUAGCAGGUGCCAUCUUAGCUGGCUCAAGUUAGUUUUCCAGAAACCUGUUUUGUGACUUUCUCAAAAGGAAAGUGACAUUGAGAAUAAUCUUACAUAAUUUUUUACCUGACCUGUACUUUUUUUUUUUUGGUAGGUUGACCCCUACAAAGUGUAAUUUCUUACUGACAGCCCAAUCAGUGAACUUCCAUUUGUAUUUAAAUUUGGAUCACAUGAGAAAGCUCUCCUUUCACAGAUGUUCAAAUUUCUACAAAUGGGUCACAGAUUCUUAAGUAGUUGUGAAGUUGUGAUGAUGAUGUUCAGGCCUCAGAUACACUAACAGACACAUUUUCACCACACCCCAUGAUACCCAAGGAAGCACCUUGCCCUCCAUCCCUUCUUACCCACUCCUGGGCCUCCCCCAGCAGUGAGCCUUCUCUAGUUACUUCAGUUGAGAAGAGCAUGGUGCUAAUGGAGCAGCUUGUAAAAGGCGAGCAAGCCCAGUAACUGGCUGGCAGGCAGUUCUGUUAGGUGCGUGCUGUUAGUCCUGCAGAGAAAGAAGGUCAGCCAAACCCUUUACAUGACUGGGAGCGUUGGUAUCCUGCGGAGUCUUUAAAGUCUGGACUUAUUCUGUAGCCUUGUAAAACUUAGUGAAGCCACUAUUUUUUUCCCCCAUUGUGUUUUGGAGAAUGAGGAUGCCUCUGAUUAGAAAUUCAGUUUUUUUCUUGGCUCAAUCUUUGAAGAGUUAAUGCAGGAUGUUGAUUAGUCUGUGCGGGUCACAAAAGCUAGUGAGUUUGUUGAGAAGAAAGACUGGAUUGAAGUUGCUGUUUCAGAAGGGAGUGGAAAUAGGAUUGUUUAGUCCUUACAGUUUUACUUUCUAGUUGUUAUUAGAGUAAGUCGUGGUAACUUAUGGCUUUUCCAGUUGCUUUUCUUCUAAGGAGAAAUAGAUUAAUAAAAAACAAGACUUGGAUACUUUCUGGUAGAAGACCAGCCCCCAAAUGGCCACUUCUGUUCUGAUCUUUUCAAUGUGUAGACAGUUACUGAGGCCCUAUAGCUUCCGCCAGGGAUUCUCGUUUACCAAACAAGUCGUGCCCUGCCUUGGAAUUCAGUAAAGAAGAGGAGAGAGCUGGAUGAGGGCCUGAGCCCUGGUGCUCCCCAGCACCUGGGAGCGCCUCUGCUAUGUUGUCUCUGCUCCUUCUGGAGGUUUCCUGUGGCUAGAUUGAGGCCCUUCUUACCUCAGUGGUGGUUGUCUGUCGCGCCUCCUCUUUCUCUUACUUGACUGACCUGACCCUUGAAUGUCAAGUUCGAGGAAAGGCCGCGGGGCUCCUGUGCUCUGCCCCUGUGUGCAUGUGUCUUAAGUCUUCUCAAGUAUGUUUUAAGCACAGAAGUAACAUAAAUGAGGCCAAAAUGCAGACUGAACUGUUCUCUAGGUUUGAGUUUUGGCACCAUUCAGUGACAGAUUAAUAAACCCUCAAUAACUUCAGUUCGUGUGGUGUAAAAUGUGGUUUUUGUGAUACGUUUGUGGUUGCCGAAAACAGUCCUGGUUUUACCUCAAAAUCUGAGUCUCUUUCCCAAGUUAAGUGCCUGGCCAGCUGUCAUAAGUUACAUAUGACCUUCCUUGUGUGUGUUUGUUUUAAAGUUUCAGGUUCAAGAGUGUGAAAAUAAGAUGUUUUCUUUUAAAGGCUGCCAUGCCUGUUCUGUAGCUGAAUCUCCAUGCUGUGCAAGCUCCGCCAGGUUGUGGCCGAGUGUCCUGGUGAUUCUGCGUUACCUGGUUAGAUUUUUCAUGGAAGGAGCACAACAGUGUUGCCUGGGCCCCCAUGGCUAGCCCUCCUCAUCCUGUAAACUGCUGUGAAUCUUGUCUUGACUUGAAAGCAAAGAUAAACACUUUGAAUAAAGAGAUUUUUUUUUUCCAUUCCAGAAUUUAAGGGCAUAGUCAUACUUUGCUUUACAUUUAGUCAUGAACCCAUAAGCUGGCAGCUACAACCAAGAACCAAAAAAUGGUGCAUUCUGCUUCUUGUGAUUCAUCUGUGCUAGUAAAUUACAAGAAGCCAAGAUAGCUAAUUAGGGAAUAUUUUGUUUGGGUGGUUUCUGUACACGGGACUACAGUUCUCGUGCUUUAUCUUUCAUUUUUGCUGUUUCUUUAAGCAGUCUAAUACACCACAAAACUAUAUUAAGGUGUUUGCUGUAAGAUUUGUUUGAGAGGAUUCUCUUAAUAAGUUUAGCUGUAGGUAAGUUUCAGAAUACAACUGGUGGUUUUUCAAAGCCUGAGAAGACUCGCCUAAGAAGCAGUUGAAUUCUGGUCUGGAGAGAAGGGAGAAUCUCAGUGGAAGUUUGUGUGGCUUGAAUUCCUGUGCCAUGGGUAUAAUAAGUAAAAAACAACAGUUGUGCACUUCUGCUGUUUAAAUGGAACUAUUGGCUUCCUUUGCCCAAAGUGAAGGGCUGAUAACUUUGAUUAUUGUAAAUUAAUCCACCCUAAUUUUUGAAAACUUGGUUGAAUGUGUUUCUUGUUCAAUGUUUAAAAAAUAAAAACUGGAAGUUC